AUGGGUCUAUUCUCCAGAUUUAAAGGAGAAGAUGCAAAAGCAAGUUUAGAGACAUCACAUCCUCCUCGGCCCUCUACUCAUCAACCACACAUGCUAAACCCAUCAAGCAUCGAUCUUAGCCCUAUCAGAGGUACCCACAAUCGCACCAAUACAGCUACUUCAUACAAUGAAAGCGAGUUCCUGUCAACCCCUUCAGCAUCGUCAUACACUUCAGCAGAGUCUAUGGCAUACCCUUCAUCGCUUGUUUAUAAAAGAGGUUCUGCUUCUGCUACCCACCCUCAUCAACAACAUCAACAUCAUCAACAUCAUCAACAUCAUCAACACCAACACCAACAUCAGCAAAAACAUCAGCAUCAACAUCAACACCAACAUCAUUCUCCAAAACAGAACAACCACAUACCAACAGCAUUGAGGCCAGGCUUCAAUAUCGAUACAAAUAUUGAACACCACCAUCAAGGAGAACGUAAAAGACUUCAAAGUACUCAGCACCUGGUAAUGGAAGCAGCUCGUGAUCCUCGCACACCAAGCCCUAACUACCAUAACUAUGACCACAACCACAACCACAACCAGCCUCAAACUCAAACUCAGAGCCCAGGACAACAACAAUAUACGACUAUAAAUGGAAGUGCUUUAUUAAACAAUGUUGCAGCAUCACCAUCGCCCACCAUUUCCCCAUCAUCUACAAAUCUCAACAAAACUCUGCACAAACCUCUGCCGCAUCGCAAGCCCCCUGCACAAGAGUUACCACUUGCCAUUCCAAGACCUACUACAACAGAUUCAACAGGAGGAAUAACAGAAACAUUGCAUUCCUCAGGAUAUAUUGAGCGAGGUUCUUCAAACCCUAUUAAUGAUUUGUCCGUGGAUCCCGCAAAACAACGUUUAAUGCCAAAAGAACCAAUUGAUAAACCCACAAGUUUACCUCAGGAUAGUAUGCACCACGAAAUAUCCUUCAACAGACAAGAGGAAAACAAUAUCUCUUUUGGCCCUAGUGAUGCAUCUGAAUCUGCAUCUGCAUCUGUAUCAACACCUGCUGCACCCAUAGGCUAUAGUGGCUAUCAGCAACCACAGAAUUUACCCCCUAAUAGUAGUACGCUAUUGUCUCAGUCAACAAGUUCCGACGAAGACGAUGACAACGAAGAUGACCUUAGUUCCACUUCAUCCUUUCAACCUACUCAACACCCUAUGUAUGAGCAAUGGAGAUUAUACUACCAGGCAUUAGCAUUACAACAACAGCAACAACAACAGCACCAGCAACAGAUGCAAAUGUACUACGCGCAAAAUGGUGGGCACAUUCCUCCCGGAACAUACCCAAUGAUGAACUAUAAUCCAAUGGCACAAAUACCUCCGUAUGUAUAUAAUCCUUCAAUGAUGCAACAACAACAACAACAACAACAACAACAAUCUUACAAAUAUGCAAACACGCAUUCGGAACUUGGUAAACCUAAUAAAGGGAAUACACACAAAAAGGAUCAUUUAGCUAGCCAAUUGGAUAAUGAGUCUUUGACAUUGCAUGACAAAAGUGGUAUUGCAAACCAUCCUGUUUCAAACUCGUGCACUGAUACACGUUUGUCGACAAACGACGAAAACUUUCAAAAUUCACCAAAUGAUUACUUGCAAGCAUAUGAACAAACCAAACAGAGAUACAGAAACUCUACAACGGAGCAAUUAGUCAAUAACUCAAGAAGGUCAACGCUCAAGUCGAAUAGAUAUUCCUCUGCUCCUAGCCAUCAUUCAGCAGUUAAAGAACAUUUAAAUAACACAGAAAUCCCACUGUUGGAUCAACAGCGAAAACAAAAUAGAAUUGCAUCGUUGGAGCCUAAUUUUAAACCCAAUCCAGAACCCAUUUACAACAGGGAAAAUGAUUAUUAUGACGACGACGACGAUGAUGAUGAUGAUUAUGACGAAGGUGUAGAUGAUACACUUCAUUUUACCGAAGAACACAUUGCAGAACCUCAACAAGGGCAGCAGUCACAGUCACAAUCACAGUCACGCGAGGAAUAUCAUGAGCAAGAAGAAGUAAAUGGUAUUAUUCAGUCGACAUCAUCCAUAAAUCUCAAUUCAUCGAAGUCAACUGGUACUCGACAAAUAUCCGACUACAACAAGUUUCUUUUUGAAGAUGAUGAGGACGAAAGAGUAGAAGAGGAAGAAGUAGAAGAAUACCAAGUAGAAGAAAAUCAAGUAGACGGAGAGGAGAGGAACGGAACCGAUUGGAAGCACAACAAAGUCAAUGAGCCUAAAGAUGACAAUGAAACAACAAUGGUUGUCGAAGCUGCUCUCCCAAUUGAGUCACCAAAACUGUUGCUUAAAACCAACAAUGAAGUGCUUAUCAGCAGAAAAGACACGACAUCAUCGGAAGCAUCAUACAAUUCAAUACAAAGUGAAGGUAAUUUCAAAGUUGGAAAAUACCUUAAACCCGAACAAAGUCAAAGCCAUGGUCAAAGCAUUGGUCAAAGUCAAAGUCAAAGUCAAAGUCAAAGUCAAAAGCAGACAACUCAGCAAACUCAGCACACUCGUGGUAAAAGCAACGACAAUCGAAAAAAGAGACAAAGUAUGUUACCAAAAGGAUUCUCUCUACCACCACUGGCAAUGAACUUUCCUAAUAUGUCCAUGCAAGAUAUGAUGCAAACGAAGAUGAAUCCAAUGAUGCAAAUGGAAAUGGAAACGCAGAUGCAGAUGCCUCAUGCGGCUCAAUUCUCAUCAUCACUACCACCACCAUCAGCAAUGGGCAUGGACAUGGGUAUGGGCGUGGGUAUGGGUAUGCCUUUUCCAUACCCAUACCUGAUGAAUCCAAUGUUUUAUCAAAAUGCAGAGUAUGGAUCUGGUGCUAGAGCAGCUGGAAACCAAUCGCAGUAUAAAAGACAGAGUAUUGCUGCGUGUGAUAGUAACGGCAUCAAUCGUCAAUCCAUGAUGUUUGAUCCAACAAUGUUUAACAACAAGCGUAACUCCAUGCCCAUGUUUGGAAAUCAGAUGCAUCGUCAGAUGGGUCAGGCAUCCAAGCCAGACUUGGAUUCAGUAACUAUACGAAAGAUUGACGAGUUUAAAAAUUUGAGGGCUGAAAUUGCCAGUGGGAAAAAAUCAAUGGAGUAUAGAUUGCUUUGGACUAAGAUGUUGAUAACCGCAACUAAUUUCAAACUAUACAAACACAUUAAUAUCAAGGGUGAAUACAUCUCUAUGGGAAACUCGGCGAAGUCCAAUAGAGCAGCUUUUGUAAAGUCAUCGACUCAACAUAUCCAAAAAAUUAUCAAAGAAAUUCAAAUAAACUCGCAACGUGCAAACAAAAAAAAUGGUGAAAAUGAAAAUGCAAAUGAAAAUGAAAAUGAAAAUAAAGAUGAAAACAACGUUAAAGUCGUAAAGGAUACAUUGAAAUGCAAAGCAUACUUUAUAUUUGCAUGUUUGUUGAAGAACGACUUUUAUGAUGCCUAUGGUGAAGAUUUCGAUAUCAAGAAAAACAUUCCACUCGCGAUCGAAUACUAUGAAAAAGUGUUAAGCAUUAAUCCAAAGGACACUAGAGUGCUCUACAAAUUAGGGGAAACGUUUGAGUAUGAGUUUGAAGAUAAAAAGGAUUAUGCCGUAGAAUAUUAUAUGAGAUCGGCACAAUAUGGUUACGACAAGGCGCUGAAAAAAUUAGCCAAGUUUGGCAUCAAUGUUGAAUCUAUAUAG